GGUCCCGCCCGCGGCUGCGGAGUCUGGGCGGCUGCAGCGGGCUGAUGGCGGGGGCCGGGGGCGCCAGGGCCGCGCUCUCCUCCCCGGGCGGCGGCGGGGGGCCGCUGGAGCUGGGGCGGAUCCAGGAGCCCGCGGGCGGGCCCUACUCGCCGCCGCCUUCCUCCUGCUCGCGGCAGGCCUGGAGCCGGGACAACCCGGGCUUCGAGCCGGAGGAGGCGGCGGCGGGGCCGGUGCUGCAGAUGGAGAUGGACGUGGAGUGGGGCAGCCGCGGGGCCGGCUCCUCCCCCGGUGCCAGCAGUGCCCGGGGCCCGGCCGGGGAGCCUGACAGCGGCCGGCGGCGGCGCCGGCGGGGGGAACGCGGCGUGGGGGCGGCUCCGUGUCCCAGCCCCGCCGGGGGGGACCCGCUGACCCCACACCUGCCCCCGGACGGGGCCCCUCCGUCCUAUCGCACCGCCUGGGCCAAGAGGCUGGCGCGCCGCUUGCGAGGUCUGUGGGGUACAAGAUUGAUGGAAGAAAACACUAGCAGAGAGAGAUACCUGAAAAGUGUUUUACGAGAACUGAUCACAUAUGUGAUUUUCCUUGUGGUCUUGUGUGUCUUGACUUAUGGGAUGGUGAGUUCCAGUAUGUACUAUUACACUAGGGUAAUGUCACAGCUCUUCCUGGAAACGCCUUUAUCGAAAAUGGAGAAAACCAAUUUCAAAACCUUAUCCACCAUGGAGGACUUCUGGAAGUUCACAGAAGGCCCUUUGCUGGAUGGUCUGUACUGGGAGAUGUGGUACAACAAUAAAACCAUGGCAGAAAACAAAAGUUUCAUUUAUUACGAGAAUCUGCUUUUGGGGGUGCCUCGUGUUCGGCAGGUGAAAGUGAGAAAUGGGUCAUGCUCAAUACCUGAGGAUUUAAAAGAUGAAAUUAAAGAAUGCUAUGACGUUUAUUCUGUUGCUAAUGAAGAUACUGCUCCUUUUGGGCUCCGGAAUGGAACAGCUUGGACUUACACCAAUGAACAAGAUUUGAAUGGGAGCAGCCACUGGGGGUUGAUUGCCUCAUACAGUGGGGCUGGUUAUUAUCAGGAUCUGUCACGAAGCAGAGAGGAGACAGCCGCACAGAUUGCUAACCUUAAGAAACACUUGUGGCUGGAUAGAGGGACCAGAGCAGCCUUUAUUGAUUUCUCUGUGUACAAUGCGAACAUCAAUCUAUUCUGUAUUGUCAGGUUAUUAGUGGAGUUUCCAGCAACUGGAGGCCUCAUUACAUCUUGGCAGUUUCAGCCAGUGAAGCUUAUCCACUACAUUUCUACUUUUGAUUUCUUCCUGGCAGCCUGCGAAAUAGCCUUUUGUCUAUUCACCCUUUAUUAUAUUGUAGAAGAGAUCUUGGAAAUUCGCAUCCAUAAACUGCAUUACUUCAGGAGUCUCUGGAAUUGUCUCGAUAUCCUCAUCAUUGUGCUAUCAGUAGCAGCUAUAGGAAUUAACAUGUAUAGAAGGUCAACAGUGGACAUGUUACUGAAGAAGCAGCUGGAAGAUCAAAACGCUUUCCCCAAUUUUGAACCUUUGGCAUACUGGCAAAUACAAUUCAACAACGUUGCUGCUGUCACUGUGUUUUUUGUCUGGAUUAAGCUCUUCAAAUUUGUCAGCUUCAACAGAACAAUGAACCAGUUAUCCACCACCAUGUCUCGCUGUGCCAAAGAUGUCAUUGGCUUUGCUAUUAUGUUUUUCAUUAUUUUCUUAGCAUAUGCUCAGCUGGCUUACCUUGUGUUUGGCACUCAAGUUGAUGACUUCAGCACUUUCCAAGAGUGUGUCUUUACUCAAUUCCGCAUCAUUUUGGGAGACUUUAACUUUACAGAGAUUGAAGAAGCUAACAGAAUUUUGGGACCAAUUUAUUUCACUACUUUUGUGUUCUUUAUGUUCUUCAUUCUUUUGAACAUGUUUUUGGCCAUUAUCAAUGAUACUUAUUCAGAGGUCAAAUCAGAUAUGGCCCAGCAGAAAGUGGAAAUGGAACUGUCCGAUCUUAUCAAAAAGGGAUACAAUAAAGCCAUGAUUAAACUUAAAUUGAAAAAAACUACUGUUGAUGACAUUUCAGAGAACUUGCGACAAGGUGGGGGAAAGUUAAACUUUGAUGAACUACGACAGGAUCUCAAGGGGAAGGGUCACACGGAUGCAGAGAUUGAAGCAAUAUUUACUAAGUAUGACCAGGAUGGGGAUCAGGAAUUGACAGAACACGAACAUCAGCAAAUGAGAGAUGAUCUAGAGAAAGAAAGAGAGGAUCUGGAUCUGGACAGGAGCUCUCUACCCCGUCCAAUGAGUGGUCGAAGCUUUCCUCGCAGUCUGGAUGACUCUGAAGAGGACGAUGAUGAGGACAGUGGACACAGCUCUAGAAGAAGAGGUAGCAGCUCUAGUGGGGUUUCAUAUGAAGAGUUCCAAGUGUUGGUGAGACGAGUAGAUCGCAUGGAACAUUCCAUAGGCAGUAUUGUUUCCAAAAUUGAUGCUGUCAUUGUAAAGCUUGAGGCAAUGGAGCGGGCCAAACUGAAAAGGAGAGAUGUGUUGGGAAGACUGCUAGACGGAGUUACAGAGGAUGAAAGAUUGGGACGUGACAAUGAAAUCCACAGGGAACAAAUGGAGAGGUUAGUGCGGGAGGAACUGGAGCGUUGGGAAUCGGAUGACACAGCUUCCCAAAUGAGCCACCGCUUGGGAACACCACUUGGACUGAAUAGCCAGCCUCGUUCUAGGAAUUCCCGUCCAUCCUCCUCUCAGUCAACAGAAGGCAUUGAUGGAAGUGGAGGAGGGAAUGGCGGGAGCAACAUCCAUGUGUAAUAUUAGUCAAUGGGUUGUUUUAAAAUUUCAAUCCUGUAUUAUAACAGCAAAUACGCUAUUUACUAUUUGUUUUCCAAAAACAGUGAUGAAUGUUAAAGCUCCCAGUGUCCCUCUGGGGAUUGAUCUGUAGGCCAUAGGGACAUCUAAUUUACAACCACUGUGUCAGCAGCUGACAGAUGUAAAGUUGGCAUUACCUACCUACCCCACUAAAUAGGGUGAUAUUCCCGUUGCCACCUACACUGGCUUUAGGACCAUAAUCCAUCAGUAGCAUUGCUUCAAGUGGCUGCACUUAUAGGAUCUGUGCCAGAGGGUUUUACAGUUUCCCUGUCUUCAUUCAGUAAAUGCAGCUGUUGGGAUUUUUUCUAAGUACUCCCAUCUUAAUGCUUGCUAUGCAGCAGGAGCUCAUUUUGGUUAUGUAAAAUAGGACUGUAAGAAUCUACUUUCCCAUUAAAUAAUGCUGGAAACUAGUUUCAAAGUUGUUGUGAAGUAAGUCUCUUCUAAAAGUUUUGAUUAAUAGUUAGUCAAAAAUGCAUUUAACUUCUCAACUCAAAUGCUUAGAUUUCCAGUGCUUUAUAAUGGGAAAUAUUAUUCUUAAAUUCCUAUUCUAAAAUGUAUUAUUAAGGUGACUUCCUAUAUAGUUAUUCCUGUUAAUUAUAUUCAACACAAAUUACAAACAAGUAACAAGGUCGUGUUUAGUUCAUUUUUAUUAUGAAGUAGACGCAUAUGCAAGAAGCAUAUGAAUAGUGCAUAUCAGUGCACUAUUGCCAGAGGAAAAAGGCAAUAGUGCACUGAUACAUAGGGAAUGUUACUUCAUAUAUUUUAGUGUUUUAAAAGUAGUUCUUUGGGAAUUUCUUUACACAUAAGAGAGACAAGGUGGGUACGGUAAUAUCUUCUAUUGGAUCAAUUUCUAUUUACACAUAACUAAUGUGAUCAUUGUUGUAUUUGUGUCUGUCCAUAGCUGGCUUUUAGGGCCAAAUUUUCAAAAAGGAAGACCUCUGAGCUCCGCAUCCAAAACUGCACCUACCCUUUCCACAAUUACAUGCAGAAAUUAGGUAAACAGUAGAUAAGUUGUGAAAAACAUCAAUUAAUCUUGGGGGAUUCAAGGGGAGAGAGAAAUUGACAUUUUGAACAUUUCUGAUUAGCUCUAGCAAGUUUUCAUUCCAAUUCAAAGGCAGGGGCCUAAUUAGUUUCUUAUGUAUGCACUUACCUGACCUGCAUGAGCAAUUGGAGGUAUAUUUCUGCAUGUACACGUUUUUCUGUAGGGAACUAUGCUACAUCCUUUUGAAAUUGUAGUCUUUAGUAUAAUCAGCACUUUUUAGUAGAAGGCUUGCUGGAUUUGAGACUGCAGUAGAGCUUUGAAGCAGCAACUGCACUGACAAUGAUUUGAGUUUGGUGUACAGAAAAUUAGAGGCAAAUAUGUACUAUUUUUGAUAGUAGUAUAUAUUUAGAUAUAGUGAAAUAUGGGAGUCUUCACUUAAGCUGACAGUUGCCUUAAGAUUAACUGUAGGUUUAAAGGGGAAUGGAAAACUUAAUAUUCAGAUGAAGUACACAGUAUUCUAAGUGCGUAGAUUUGUAGGGUGUAAGAAGGAAAAUGUCCAUGCCUUUUUAUUGAUGCUGGUGGCUUUCAUGUUGUGCUGCUUAUAGGAAUUGCUUCCUGUAAUUAACCUUAAGUACCUUAUAUUUUUGUGUUAGUAUUUUUGGUUUGGUACUGAAUCAAAUACACCUCCAAAUAUUGCAGUUUUCCCAUAUCUAUAUAUACCAGCACUUGUUGUCAUGUUACGGUGUCAUCCAAGACACAUUCCAUAUGACCAGAGCACUUGUCCUUGAUAAAAACAAAACUUUUCUUAUGUUAAAUUUACAAGAAAGUGCAUGUUCAGUAACUUACUCAUCUUAGAUGAAGGGACUUCUCCCCUACUGAGAGCUGAAAUUUCCCAACAGACUAUCGGUCAAGCUCCACCACUGCCAAGUGGAUAAGAAAUUAAUCCAAAUAGUUACGGUUAAGAUUUUAUCACAGUUAUUUUUAGUAAAAGUUAGGGAUAGGUCACUGGCAAUAAACAAAAAUUCACUGAAGCCCCUGACUUUUAUUAAAAAUAACUGACAAAAUGGGGCUGACAGGGGGAUAAAAGCCUGAACCCCGCUGCAGGAGGAGAGGAGAGGUCUAGCACCUGCUGCCGCUGUGGUUCACAGCUCUGGGGUCCCCCCCCACUGCCUGUGGAAGCUGGAAGCUGUGUGGUGGGCCCUCCUAAGCCCACAGCGGCUCAGAGCACCAGGGUCCCUGAUAGCUUCAGCCCUGCCUCUAUGGAGCUGAAGCGGAAAGCGUCAUGGAGGUCUCUGAAAGUCAUGGAAUCCUGGUCUUCCGUGACAUAAUCUAAGCCUUAAUAAUAGUAUACAAAACCUUCUGUUACAUUACUGUGUCGGAGGUAUAUUUCAAGGGGUCAGUUGGCUAAUUGAUAAGAUUGUUUUUGUAAGCUCUAAAAAAUUAGUAUUUGGUCUGUUGGGGCAUAGGAAUAUCAAAAUGCCAGAUACAGUAUUAUAUGUCAUGUAGUUAAAGUUUAAAACCAAUCAUCUGACCAAACAAUUUGGCUUCACAGGAAAGAGGUUGCUAGUGCUCAGUUAAAGUGAUCUUUUGUUAUAAAGACAAGACAUGUUGGAUGUUGCUGCAAUAUCAUGCUGCAGAACUAAGGAAAUUUGCAUUUGUGAAGUUAUCUUUUCAAAACACUACAGCUAUCACUGUGGCUUUAAAUGUGUCCUAAAAUUGUACCUUUCUCUAAACUAAUAUCGAACAAAGCUUUUCUUUUAUUAGUAUGUUAACUAUGAAAACCAAAAUGUUUGCAUUCAUAGCUAUAUUUGUUCAUCUGUAUAUCUGUAACGUGUCGUUACUUAAUAACAAACUUCAUUUUGAAGUGCAGUAAGCUUUCAUGGGCUAUCCAUGUGUGUUGACAAUAUGCCAUGCAAGAAGUACAUGGCAACUAGACAAAUGUGUUAUACAUUUUUUAUUAUGGUUUCAUUUUAAGUUUAGAUUCUCUUGUAACUGUUACUUUGUUUCUAGGGUAAAGGGUUUCUUCUAAGUAAGUGUAAAGUUUUGCAUUAGCAUGUGGUCUUAUUAGGAAGCUGUUAAUUAUGCAAGUCUUCCACAGUUAUCAAAGAUUUAUUGGUCUAUAAUACUGAGCACUUUACUUCCUAAUAAAGAUUUUACAUAUGAAAAUCA